GUCAGUUCCAGGUCUUACAGCAGCUGAAUAUGAAGCUACGCUUCGAAAGCUGUAUACUGUCAGCACAGUGCAGGGAUUCUGGAGUGUAUAUAACAAUAUACCAGAACCAGAGAAGCUAAAUGUUCGCUACUGCUACCAUUUAAUGCGAUAUGAAAUCAAACCAAUGUGGGAAGACAGUGCAAAUCUGAAAGGUGGCAACUGGAGGAUAAAAGUGUAUAAAGAAGACACAAAUGCAGUUUGGAAAGAACUACUUUUAGCAGCAAUAGGGGAGCAGUUUUCAGACAGCAUGGCAAAAGGUGACGACAUCAAUGGAAUCAGUGUCAGUAUAAGAGAGAGAGAUGAUAUAUUGCAAAUUUGGAACAAAGAUUCAUCCUUAGCAGACCAGUCAACAAUAGUAGAAAAAGUAAAAUCUUUAUUGCCACAUGUCCGAUUCUCAGCCAUGUUUUACAAAGCGUUUCAAACCCAUCAGGCAUUUGAGGGAGGUGCAUACUCCCAUCCCAGCAAGAGUUAGAGGUCCAUUUCUGUAACCUACCAAAGACUGUGAUGGUUCUAAGGACAACACACACACAGAGACAUACACUCACUGGCGUGAACUGGCGCCCUCUCCUGGUGACUGGAGGUCAGAGGUCACUGAACUCUCAUGAUGAAGGCCUUGUUUGUAGUUUAGCUGUGAAAGAUGUGGAAUCAUGGGAUACCUGCCACUCAAAGUAUAGGUGGCGCCACCAAACUACAUAAUAGAUGAAGAAUUAUGAACUUCAAAUAAUUGCUGGAAAAAGGGACAUAUAUUUGAGAAAGGUCAGUGUUGGCCUUGAUUUUGCAGUUAGUGCAAUAUGAACCACUGCUUAUAGGAAGGAUGCUGAUCCUGCGCCAUAGGUGGCAGCACCAACCAAUGCAACUUUCUCUACAGUAGGCAGAACAGUUUAUUCCAUAGGUAUCUUUCACCAAACUACAGACGGCAGUGUUUAGUGAUACUGCUUUCCCAUAGGUGGCAGCAGUAGUCAUCAGGGAGGACACAGUGGCGACUGGGAGAGGGCUCAUGUUCUCAUAGUGAGUAACUUUCCAUACAGAAAUGGAUGGACUUUAAAUGAUGAGCUUACAAGCAAUUUCUGGCUGUGUUUUGCACAGGCAGCUGACACUUUCUAUGAAGUGUAAAGCCAGAAGGUUCUUCUAAUAUAUGACUUUGAGAACUGCAUUCCUAGAGUAAAGCUUCUAUCAAUAAUGACAUCAGUUUUGUAAAUGUGCAGGGAGAGAGAAAGACAUCUGCACUGAAUGUGACAUGUUAACCUUUGAGGGGAGUCAUUUUGAAAAGUCUACAAGGUACUAAAUUCAGUUGAUCAAACUGUGUAUGAAAAGUUAAAUUAAGCAAGCUUUAUGUUGUGAUUUUGGUGGAGUGCUAGUUUUGGUGAUAUUGUCCACCAUAUGACUUGUAAACCAGUGUUCAUCAGUAGCUUAAUUGCUAAUGUUUGUGCCAUCUCACUGCCGCCUCUUGCUAUCUGGAAUCUGACAACAGCUUACACACAUCUGGUCAAGACAAAAUAUCCCACAGUAAUACACUGCCACACAGAACAUACCAUAUACCAUAACCCCACCCUCUCUGACAGCAGCUUACACACAUCUGGUCAAGACAAAAUAUCCCACAGUAAUACACUGCCACACAGAACAUACCAUAUACUAUAACCCCACCCUCUCUGACAGCAGCUUACACACAUCUGGUCAAGACAAAAUAUCCCACUGUAAUACACUGCCACACAGAACAUACCAUAGACCACCCUCUCUGACAGCAAACCUGUGUCAUCAUUUCAUAUAGAACUCAUUCACUGGCAUACAAACCAGCUAGUCUGUUCACCACUGAAUAAAUCUCAAUGAUUGAUGUGGGUCACGUUGGUGCUCUCUCCUGGCCCCACAUUGUGGUAAAGCUGUGGUCAGCAAUCUGGUUUAAUUCAAUGUCACUUCAUUUUGAAUUUGAGCAGUGGAUGUGUUGAUAGUUGUGUGAAUAUAAACUGACUGGGCAUUUAUUUAUUUUUUUAUUGUGCCAAUUGUAGCCAAACAUGUUCAGCCAGUCUACUUGAUUUUCACCAUGAUAAAUUCAUUGGCAGAAGCACCUGAAAUGAUUUGGUGCCUGGGCCAGUAAGGUCUGAAUUCUGAAAACCAACAAUUAAAUGAGAAUAACAUGAUAAAUAUAUUAUGUAUAAUGAAAUCUGGUUUUUAUCUGUUAGUGAGGUAUGUAUUCAUUGAGGGUGUGGGGACAGAUACAGAUUGUAUUGUGGGAUAUCUCUUCUUUGAGUGAAGAUUUACAUCAGUUACUUUGGCAAAAUGUCACUAAUAAAUAGAAAAUGACUUAAUUGAUAAAACUCUGAAGUACUUAAUUGGUAAAAAUUUGAUUAUAUGGACAUUUAACGUCUUAGGUACAAGCGAACAUUUGUCUUCUUCACUACUGUAAAAAAAUUUGUUUCAUAUUAAGAGUUAGUUGCUUUAUUUAGUAAAUAUCUAUUGAAAAAAAAAAUUGAAAAAAAGUUGACAAAGUGCAGUAGUCACCCAAUUAGGGUAAAUUUAAUGAAUGAAGGUUGUCAUGGAGGUUGUUGUCACUGCUAAUGGAGGCAACCAUGCUACUUUUAGUUAACAGUUCUAAGUAUUAUGUGCAAAUAUUUGAAUACAGGUCUAAUUUAUAUAGAUAUAUACACACGGUUCAAACUGCUAUUUAUGUCCUGAAUUGUAUUAAAGUAACACUGGGAUGUGGCUGCAGGCCAGAGGUUCACAGUGAUAAAGCUGUAUGUUCAACCCACAGCUGUAGUUACGGGGUGAUACAUGUAGCAGUUAAGGGUGAUCAUUUGAAUGCACUGCUGUUAACUCCUGUAGUGUCCAUAGCCAAGACAUGUCCAUAGCCUCCUGUAUGUGUGUAUUGGUACAGAGUACAUUUAAAAAGUAGGAGAAAGAAGGCUUGAGGCUUGCAGGAGACUGGUAUUUCAACCAGUGAGAAAAGAGAGAGAGAGACCAUUCCCAGACCCUAUUGUAUUAACUGUGGAUCGAUCUAUCUCCAAGGGUAUUCUCACUAAAUUGCAAUAAACUUAAGCAGCUUAGAUGUCUGUCACGCCUACUGAAACUGAUAGUGGGUAAGAAAUUAUCGUUUAUCAGCUUCAGUAGGCAUGCCAGACAUCUAAGCCGCUCUCGGUAUGGAAACCUAGUCAGUGAGAGAGGAAGAGAGAGGUGGAGGAAAGAGAGAGAGAGAGAGAGAGAGAGGGAGGUAGAGAGAGAGAGAGAGGAGGAG